AUAGGAUAGAACACAAUAAUACUCCUCUGUCUCCUGAACAUGCGUGCGGACAUGACAUAGAACAUUUCUCAACCAAUCAUAUCAGAUCUUAGUUCAAGAUGGCGGCGCCCAUGGAGGAACCUGCGACAACUGCAAACACAAUGGACAAACCGGUUUUAGAAACACUGAAUUUUUGUGAGAUGACUGCCCUUGAUAUUCCAGAGAAAGAACAAAACAGGAGGGAUUCCUCUGAGGAACAAGGAGCCAGCGAUCUUGGCAAAGACAAAAAGUUAUCUUGUCUGACUUGUCCCUGCCUGCUAUGUGACAAGAAGUUUGAUCUGUCAGAUUCAUCUGAUAAAAACACUUGCCUGGAGCAUCUUCUAACGUUACAUAGGCUCGUCAUUGGAGAAGUUGAACUCAUAGCUGACCUAAAAGCUUAUUUCAGAUAUUGGAAAGAACGGUUCAAAGGAGGCCUGCUUUCAGAUUUUUGUACAUCUCUUAAAAUAGCUGAAGACAAAAGUGCUAAAACAUCUGGUGUUAAUUGUGGACAUUAUUUCCUUCUGUGUGACGUUUUACCUGAGGAUAAGGACCUACGACAAUUUCUCCAAAAACAAAAACUUGCCAAAGUGUUAGAUCAACAAGAACGGGAAAGGAAUGAUGAUACAUUUUCAAAAGACUGUGUGUUCUGUAGGAAAAAUUUCUCGGGGAGAAGGGCAGAUUUGAUAAAUCAUAUGGCAUCUCAGCAUGACUUCAAUAUUGGGUCCCCUGACAACUUAGUGUUUGUGGAUGAAUUUUUAGACAUCAUUCAGUCCAAAUUGAACAAUCUACUGUGCCUUUACUGCGAGAAACUGUUCAAAGACAGAUGGACAUUGAAGGAACACAUGAGAAAAAAACAUCAUCGAAGAAUAAACCCUGAGAAUAAAACCUAUGACAAGUUCUAUGUUAUUAAUUAUUUGGAAUUGGGAAAGAACUGGGAGAAGAUUAAGUUGGAGGAAGAAGAUUCUUGUGAGAGUGAAACAGAUGAUGAUGAAAGUGAAACAUCAGAGUGGACAGAAGAUCCCAGCUCCCAGGCUGUCUGCCUCUUUUGUACAUUUUCAUCAAGUUCUUCAGAGAAGAUCAACAAACAUUUACAUGAAUUACAUGAUUUUGACCUUGAGGGAAUAAAACGGGAAAGAGGUCUUAAUUUUUACCAGCAAGUGAAAUUAGUCAACUUUAUUCGAAGACAGAUUCACCAGUGUUUAUGCUAUGGAUGUUCCUCGAAGUUUCAGAGUAAACAAGACCUUCUUGAUCACAUGCACUCAGAAAGCCACAUCAGACAGCUGCCAAAGGAGCCACUUUGGGACCAACCAGAGUACUUUUUCCCCACGUAUGAAAACGACAAUCUGCUGUGUCAGCUAGAAGACUGGGAAGCUUCAGGCGAUGAAGUUGUAGAAAUCAGUGUUACAUGAGAGAAAAAAGUGAUGUGGAAACUGAUCAGUAAUUUACAGGAACAUAGAAUUCUCUUUUCAACGCAUAGCCUUGUACUGAUAAAAGACUUAAAACAAAUCUAUGGGAAAGCAUCGUUGAUUAAAGCAUAUGCCAAUAGUUUUUUUAUACAUGGAAACCCUGUACUACCGUGUACAUGAUGAUGUGAUGUAUGUAUGUACCAUAUGUAUUAGUAUCCAUGCUGUUCUCGAAUCAGGGCCUAAGUUUGAAGUCAGAGAAUGACAGACUGUGAUGUACUAAUAUUAAAAACAUGUGAUUAAAGAGAAUGAGGGUGCUGCUUAGACAACCAUGCAGCUUGCCCUCUUCUGCUGCUAAGAGGAUUUGCCAGGAGGAGGGUAUGAAGUUUCAUCUGAUUAACACUAAAUCACAUUUAGAAUUUUUUAGAAUAACAGUAUAUCACAUUAUGAAUUUACAUGAUUUUUUGCCAUCUAAUCACCUUUCUGUAGGCCUACUACAGUUUAUGCAGUAGGGCAGUGACUGAACAU